GCCAUUUCAGGUGUCAAUCAAAGAGAAGCGGAGCGCCGUCUGAAUGGCAAUUAAUGGAAGUGUUCCCCGUGAGAAUUAAGCGGCGGUUAAAAAGAGGCGGGAGAGCGGCAGAGCGGGAGGUCGUUUGUUUAUGUGCUAAGCAUUUUAGCAGUUAAAUUGUCCAUCCCUGUGCUGGUGGUUUAGUGGAGAGCGAAAUGAAUGGUACACUAAUCCCAAACACACCUUUUGCUGUGGAUUUCUGGCAGAUUCGAAAAUGCAGCCACGUCCGUUUGUUCUUCCUGUCCCACUUGCAUAGUGAUCAUACAUCAGGUCUCUCUUCUACCUGGAACAGAUCCAUAUACUGCUCUCCCAUUACUGCUAAGUUGUUGCAAUGGAAGUUUCAGGUGGAAGAAACAUUGAUCCACCCGCUCGAGGUAGGAGAGAGUCACCUCUUGUAUCUUGAUGAAGUUGGAAAAGAGACCAUGACUGUGACAUUGAUUGACAGCAAUCACUGUCCUGGUUCUGUCAUGUUUCUGUUUGAUGGCUACUUUGGCACCAUUCUGUACACAGCAGAUUUCCGUUACACACCCACCAUGUUCUGCAAUUCGCCACUGAGCACAGAAAAAAGAAUAGAUGUUCUCUAUCUGGACAAUACAAACUGUGAUCCUGAGUCUGUGGUGCCUUCCCGUCAAGAAGCUACUGAACAAAUCAAAGAAAUAAUCAACAGUCACCCAGAACACAAUGUUGUAAUCGGUCUGUAUAACUUGGGCAAAGAAUCCUUAUUAAUAGAGCUGGCUCUGGCUUUCAAAACCUGGGUUGUGGUGAGUCCUCGCAGACUUCAGAUGUUUCAACUGCUGAGACUGAGCGACGUGUUCACUUCAGAGGUGGGCGCUGGAAGAAUCCAUGUGGUAGAUCAGAAUGAAAUUAAUCGAUUUAAUAUGAUUAGGUGGAAUCAAACAUGCCCUACAAUUGCCAUUGUUCCUACAAGCCGCAGAAUGAAAGUCACGCACAGAGACAUUCAUGUGGUUCCCUAUUCGGAUCAUUCCUCCUUUCAGGAAUUGCAGGAAUUUGUGGCCAGACUGAAGCCCUAUUCCAUUAUGCCUAUAGUGAAAGGAAAGGCAUGCCAAGCAUACUUCUCCCAGUAUCUUAGUUCGCGUGAUGAGUUGAAGUCAAUCCAAAUUCCAGAAACAGUAGAAAAAUGUAUGAAGAAGAAUUCAAAACACCAUGAUGCACUGCCUCAUCAGUUUUUUAAACCAAGAACUCUGGAUAUUCCACGGGGUGUAGUGUUCGAACCACCAGAGAAAGGAUUGCAUGACUGCAAUGGAGCUGAUUAUCUGUGUACAGAAGAGCUGAGUUGGUGUUAUGCUAGUCUGAAAUCUUUCGAUGCUGUUGUUGAACAAUAUUUUAAGAAGAGGAAUAAACUAAUUGUGAGAAAUACAUUGGACUAGAAUAUGCCAACAGCUGCAUUAUAAAGAGAAUAGAUUUGAAAUGUUUGUUUUACCAGCAAUCACUUUAUGAAAGCGUAAUUAUUCCUCAUCUGCAAUGUCCUAUUAAUUUCAGGGAACUUUCCAAUGGUUUGUGUGGCCAGUACAUUAAUUAUAAUUGGUUAAAAUUUUUGAAAUGCAUCAGCAAUAGCAGUCCAGUAUUUAAAAGCUAACAAAUCGUUCAGGACACAGAAGUUUGUGCAUCUUUCUACUCAUUUUUGAGUAUUCUUUAUCAACAUAACUGAUUUUUCAUCUUAAGUGCUCUGGUGAAUGUGACCAUAUCGGGGUAUAAUUCUGCACUCUACCUUCCCACUCCAUCUUAUCUGCAUGUAUAAUUUCUCAUGGUAGAAAUCUGUUUAAAGACAUUUAGGUACAAACAGAGCAAAAAGAAGCCUACUGUGUUACGUUUGUGUUGUUAUUUCCCUUGUAGAGUACCAAUACAGGCUAUGUACAUUGGAGAAACUACAUCGAGUUUUAAACUUGAGAGUUUCUCAUUAAUAAUUGUUUGGCCAGGAGAUUUGAAACGAAACAUUUUUAGAAAAUGCUAAACAUUGCUUUUAUUCCCCUUUCCAUCUAAUCCAACCAUGUUGCAACUUUGAAGGCAAAUUUGCUCCAUCUGGAAUUGAGCCUUCAUUUAACUCUGUUCAAUUUUUGAUGCUUUUGUUUUUUAUUUAUGGAAUGAAAAAAUCAUUAGGGUAUGGUACAGAGAACUCUGUGCAUCAAAAUGUUAAAAUAUUUCUUGAAGAACCAUUAUCAAUGCUAAGGAGGGGAGUUGGAACUGGUAAUUAAUACAGAUUAAAACAAACAGUAAUAGCAGAGUAAGAUCGAGAGUGCAAGUAAACUAACCACUGUUCCAGUGGGAUAGAUAAUGAGUAUUCGGUGGCCUGCGAGUGCAUUUUUUCUCAAAAGCUUGGCUUUUUGUGGCAGGAGCUGUAUGCAUGCCAAAUUUUUCAUGAUGUGAGUCAGCAUUUUUUCCUGCAGGUUUAAGCUUUCAUCUGAUCACUUGUUUAAUGAUUUUAGAGAGGGAUGUUAAUUUAUAGGGCGGAGGUUUUGUUUUGCAGAUUGGACUGGUGAUAGUAGUAAACAGCAAUUUCAACCAAUGGAAACUAGGUUGAUGGGAAUAGGCUGGGGGGAAUGGGUAGGUAUCAGGGUAUGGGGUGAAAGUGUAAGCAGAAAUUGGAGAAAAACUAGAGAAAGAUAAGAAUUCUUAAAGGUAAAUUAAUAUUACAAAUGGGAUGCAAAAUAUUAGUGAUUUGUAAUAUUUUAAUUUUUCCCAUCCAUAAACAAUGUCAGCAUUACCUUUUGUAUCAGGUUUAUUAACAGCUCUGGCCUGUAUUACAAAGUUUUAACAUGUUCCUUUGUUUUCUUUGUCGCUAACUGCCCUAGUUAAUCUACUAACCAGAUUGCUUGAUAAACAUUGGAAUCCCUGGGCAAUCCUGGCCUCAUCCUAUCAGAGAUGUUCCCUUGUUCUAUCAAUUCCUCCCCCAUCCUCCCUGCAACUUAAACCUGCCUUGUUACUCCUGUUGCCCCUAUUGAGCAAUUUGAUUUUUCAAAUGAUUACCCAAAGGUGUGGAAAAUCAAACUGCAGAUGGUGCAUAUCGGAAAUGAAAACAGAAAAUGCUGGAAACACUCAGCAGGUCAGACAGCAUCUGUGGAAGGAGAAACAAUUAGUUUCAGGUUAAAGACCCUUCGUCAAAACUGGAAAAGAGAGAACAAGUUAGUUUUAAAUUGCAGAGAGUGUUGGUAAAUUGGUUUAUUAUUGUCACGUGUACUGAGGUACAGUGAAAAACUUUGUUUUGCAUGGCAUCCUUACAGAUCAUUUCACUACAAAAGUGUAUUCAGGUAGUACAUGGGAAAACAAUAACAAUGCAGAAUCAUACUAUGGGACCAUUCAAUAGUCUUAUAACAGCGGGAUAGAAGACCUUUGUGGUUUUGUAGGGGAAUAGCACAGGAGUUGAGGCUGGCCUAGAUCAGCCAUGAUCAUAUUGAAUGGUGGGGCAGGCCUGAGGGCCCUGGUGACCUACUCCUCCUCCUGUUUUCUUGUGUUCUUUGUUUCAUCUGUCUGGUUGAUUAUGUUCCUCAUAUACUUGGCGAACCAUCCCAGAACAUCUUAUGGUCAUGUCACAUUUACUAUGUCUCAGUACUGAACAGAUAUAUCCAUAACAUGUACACGUUGAGGAACCAAUCAUUGUCUAUAAAUACAAUGGUUAGUUUCCAGGAGAACGUGCAUGUUCUAACAGAGAGUAGUCUUUGUUUACAAAGCUGCAUUCUGUGAUUUCAAUGUGGAUUUCUGCUUUUAAGUAUCAAUAAAAAAACUGGUUUUACAAUAGAGUGUAGACAUUUAAUGGAAGCAUUUUGAAGCUGGUACUUGCUUUUUAUCAACACGAUUCCACCACUAGACACAUUCUUUCCCCUUCCCACCCAGCAUUCCAAAAUGACCACUCCCUCCUCAAAUCUUGGUGUAUUUUUUGCUCUGCACCAGCUACUCCCCUUCUCAGGGCACUUUCUCAUUAAACACAUGCUCUUCCUUCUGUCCAAGGACCCAAACAGCCCUUUCAGGCGAAGCAGCAAUUCAUUUGCACUUUUUCCAAUCUAGUGUAUUGUAUUUGGUGCUCAUGGUGUACUCUCUUCUACCUUGGAGAAAACAAACACAGAUUAGCUGACAGCUUUGAGGCGCACAUUUCUUCAGUCCACAAGGGUUUACCUUGUACUUCCAGUUACCUGGCACUUUGAGUCUCCAUUCCACACUCAUUCUGCCCUAAUUGUGAUUCUCCCUUGAACAUUCAUCAUUAAUCUAUCAAGCAGACAGCUUCCUAAACUCUGGAAUUGCCUCACCAACCCAGGAUCGCCCUAUCUGAGAUAUUCCUUUGUCCCAGCCACCUUCUGUCAAAUUAAAAUGUCAGUGGUACCCCACUUAGUGUGAUGCCACACAGUGCUGUUUUGUAUAAUGUGUUUGGGCCAAGGAAGAGGACUUAAUACAGAAAAAUAUAAAAAUGAAAUAAAAUCAUCAUAACUCAUUUAACCUUGCUGAACUGGUCCCACCUGCUUGCUGAAGACAACAAUCUUGUUCAUGUUCAUCUGUCUAAUAAGAGCACACUGCACCAAAGAGAAUGAGGUAUGUGAAUUACCACUUGGCCAUUGAGAGUGGUGGACAAUGUUUUUGCCCAACCAGUGAGAAUUUGGUAUCAUUUUGUGACCUAUUAUUAUAGACUAGGCUAUUAUGUGUGGAUAGAAGAGAAAGGAAAAGAAAUUUUACCUUUUAAUCAGCUUUUGUCAUAAGUUUAGGUCUAUACAAUAAGUCCAUGUCAGGCAUAGGGAUUUGUAUAGAUAGGUACUUAAUGGCCUGCAUGGAAUUCUGAGUUUUUUUCAAGUCUCAUGAAGGCCUCAUUCUGUCUUGUCUUUGACUUUUUCCAGCACUAGAUGCUUUCAAGAUCUCUGCUCUCCUCCAAUCAGA